GCUCGCAAAUACAUUCCUUCAUUCCUUUCCACUGUGCGGCCAGUAUGGAACAGAGUUCGACGCGCACAAACAACGCGCUUCUUUCCAAUACGAGAUAGAGCUGCAUGCUGAGAACUGGGACUAAAAACGAACGGAAUAUAUUUUAACCGAAGGGAGCUGUAUCACAGUGGAUAAAGUUUUAGGUGAGGUUGCAAGCUUUUUUCCUGCUCUGAACUAGUUCAGUGUAUGGGAAGCGCUCAUUGCGCAGGGAAGCAGACAAAUGCGUGUGAGACUGGUGUACAAUGCGCACCAGAAGGGCACUUUGUUGUCAUGGCUGUUCAAAUGGUGUGCGUUAUUCCAAUAUGCUGAGGAGACGACCUAACUUACUGCCACUGUUAUGAACGCAUGGCAGAGUUGAACUGUUGGGUAGCGGCGAUUGAGAGAGAAUGAGUUCAAAAUGGAUUUGACACAACUGACAACAGUUGACUAUAACUCUACCGAGGAUGGCAAUGUUACAAAAACAGCGAGACCUUUUCCUCAUACGGUGGUGGCAGCGGCGUCUAUCAUCGUCGUCGUCACUGUCAUAAUUUUUGUCACGAUUGUGGGUAACGUUCUGGUUAUAGUGGCAGUUUUAACCAGUCGAGCGCUCCGUGCGCCACAAAACCUUUUCCUGGUGUCUCUAGCCUCGGCGGACAUCCUCGUGGCCACGCUAGUGAUCCCAUUCUCUUUAGCCAACGAGAUCAUGGGAUACUGGUACUUUGGGAGCACAUGGUGCGCUUUUUAUCUGGCCUUAGACGUUCUGUUCUGCACCUCAUCCAUCGUUCACCUGUGCGCCAUCAGUCUGGACAGGUACUGGUCGGUGACAAAAGCGGUGAGCUACAACCUAAAGAGGACUCCGAAGCGCAUCAAGUCCAUGAUAGCAAUAGUGUGGGUUAUAUCAGCUGUCAUUUCCUUCCCGCCUCUAAUCAUGACCAAGCACGAUGAGAAUGAGUGCCUGAUUAAUGACGAGACGUGGUACAUUCUCUCCUCGUGCCUCGUCUCUUUUUUCGCCCCUGGGUUCAUUAUGAUUACAGUGUACUGUAAAAUAUACCGCGUGGCCAAACAGCGCUCCUCCACUGUGUUUGUCGCUAGAAACGGCCUGGAGAGGAACCCCUCACAGUCGGAGACAUGUUUCGUCCGAAAGGAUAAGUUCGAAGUGGAGAGCCCCAGUAGCCACAGCUCGGGAAGUAAUCAACACCAAGAGGAGUUGGACGACAUCGAUCUGGAGGAGAGUUGUACGUCGGACAACAAACCCAAGAACUCCCGUUUCUCCAAGCGAAGGAAGGUGGAGGGAUCAGAUUGCUGCCCUAAACAGACCUGCCGCAUCUCAUGGGCUUCCAACCGCACCUCACAGUUGUUCCAAGAGCCAAACAACAGACAGUCCGCAUCCAAAACUAAAGUGGCGCAAAUGCGAGAGAAGCGUUUCACGUUUGUGCUCGCUGUGGUGAUGGGAGUGUUUGUUCUCUGCUGGUUUCCCUUCUUCUUCACCUACAGUCUCCAUGCUAUUUGCAGGGAGAAAUGCACCAUUCCCGGAGCCUUGUUUGACGCAUUCUUUUGGAUAGGUUACUGCAAUAGUUCAGUAAACCCUAUUAUAUACACUGUUUUCAAUAGAGAUUUUCGGAAAGCCUUUAAGAAGAUAAUAUGUAUAAGUAAGAAACGCACAUAAACUCUUUUUCACAAGUUCAAAUGUAUCUAGAUCUGUAUAAAAUAUUUCAUGGGAAAUGUAAAUAAAUGUAAGUGUAUACAUAGACUGUGAUAAGACCA